AUGAGUAGUCGCGCUUGUAUCAGCUGCAGCCGCAGUCUGCCCAGGUCGUCCUACACCGCCAACCAGUAUUCAAGGGGUGAGGGCGAUUCGUGUUGUGCUGCUUGUGUCCACAGCCACCGAAACGAUACACCGACCGCCAUCCAAAGUGACAGCGGCCGUUACAACAGGGCUAACGAGGCGAAGUUCACCCAAAAUUCCAUGGCUAACCCCUUUGUGCAAGGCGCCUUCCGCUGGGUCGCCAAAGGAGCAUAUGUGGACGGUGGGCGCCAAGGUCAGGCUUGUGUUUGCAAGUGGUUCAAGGCCGGCGGAACUAUGGACAGCGAUUAUUUCACUCUCGACAUCAAGUCCGUGGACAAGGCGCUGGAGAUCAUCAAUCACUUCAAUCAGCUGAACAUACUGAACAAGACUGUGAAGGUAAACGUACCGGAGGUUUGGGUCUGGGGGGGGAAUAACAGCCGUGCGGGCCAGAAAAGCCUCGUUGAACCAUUCAUUCAGAAUUACAAGAAGUUCAAUAGCAACUCAGGUUGGACUGAUGAGUCCAAACCAUGGGCGUUGGCAAUGCAGGCGUUGAGCCAUUUCAGCUACCACAUUUCAGGGGGAAACUUUGUUCUCUGUGAUCUCCAAGGAGGCAUCUACCAAAACGAAGUUGUCUUGACCGAUCCCGUCAUUCUAUCCCCAACUCAACAGUACGGUGUCACAGAUCUCGGCCCCAAUGGCAUCAGUUCCUUUUUCAGCCAGCACGUUUGCAAUGAGCACUCCGUGAACAAAGCCCUCGAGAUCUGGCGAGGCCAGACAGUCCUUGUCGAGCCAUUCAUUGAGAAUCACCAAAUGUUCAACAGCAAUCUUGGGUGGGUAACCGAUGAUCGUAGGCCUUGGCCUCUCGCCAUGCAAGCUCUGAGCCACUUUCGCUAUCAUAUCACCGGCGGGCAGUACGUGCUUUGCGACCUUCAGGGCGGUGUUUAUUCGCACGAGGUUAUCCUGACGGAUCCGGCUAUUCCCUCGCACAAGAAGGAGUUUGGCAUGACUGAUUUGGGGUCUGAUGGGAUAAGCAACUUUUUCAGGAAGCACGUCUGCAACGGGUUUUGUCGGCGUGAUUGGCCCGGCCAGCGGAACCAAUGCGGUACUUUGAUCCAGUUCCCGGAUCGACGAAGAUGA